CUCGGGUUCGAAGUGCGAUUAUUGUGUUCCUUUUUCACUUUCCGGCCCGUGAAGAGCGGGCCGGUUUCUUCACCGCCACUUGGUAGAUGUCCGUAUUCCGGAAACGUCGAGCCAUGGUUGCCAUCUGUCAAUCAGGGUUCAAGGAGACUUCCAGACUGGACCAUUCGGCCCCCUCUUCGGCCCCGCCCCCCCAAGAGCACUCUCGUUCACCCACAUACACCUCCACCUGUCUCUACGCCUCUGGGGAAGAUCUAGAUCUCCAGAGACUUAAAGAUGACUCCGCAUCCUUCCCUUUGACUUCUCAAUCGGCGCUUACUCCUAUACCACCGCCUCCGAAAUAGAUGUUGGGCGAAACAGGAAGAAGAUUACGGCGUGUGCUAUCUGUGUGUUCUUCUUCACUGUGCGGCUGGUGGUUUUCGUCAGCCCAUAUCUCUAUUACACUGCCAGUCUUGGUCCCACGCUAGCCUUUAUAUAUUCUUGCAUUGUUGGUAUUGGUUUAUGUUUGGUUCUGUGAUGGAGAGACGACGGGACGCACGAAUACGGAUACCAAUCGGCUCUUCAUGGCGAGGGCUCCUGCGAGGGAAUGGAGGACGUAUGUCUUCGCAGAAGA